AUUCUUCUCCACGGGCACUUAGAGAAAAGAGAGAGAGAGGGUGAGGGAGAGAGAGAGAGAGGGGGGGAGAGAGAGAUGAGCUGGGCAGGAAGGUUUCUCGUGCACCAUAAAACUGUCUCCUUCCUAUUGAAGAAGAGAGCUUAUGUUAUUGAGGAGCAGCUGAGCCAAUCAGGAGGCAGUGCAGGCAAAGACAGGAGGGAAAAGCAGCAGAGCGAGUGGGCAAGAAGAAGGGAGAGGAAAAAAAAAAACUGCAGUGUGAGAGUGUGUGUAGUUUUCAUCCCUCCCCUGAACAGGUUUUCAGCAAUUUGGGUUUCCAGUGUCCGGGUGCAGUUGAGUGAGGGGUCUGAGAGUGUUUAUGAGGCAGAGUUCCCUGGAGGGGGAAGUGAAGUGUCUCGAUUCCCGUGGAGGAAAAGGAAGCGCUCGGUGUCCAGGAGAGAGAGGAGAGCCGCGCUGGAGAGUUUCUGACUGACAAUCUUCUCACUGUGACGGCCCCCAGACGCUCUCCAAGAUUCAACAUUCCUUGGCUGGACCGCGUGUGCAGCCUAAAUGACGAAGUUCAACUUGUUCCGGCAUCAGACGACACCGAUGGUCGCCGCAAAGCCCACAGGGGCCAGCGCGUUGACUGUGACUCCGGCCCCCGUGGCGUUGGUAGCGAAUGAAAACACCAACUCCACCGAAGCCGUCAACAAGAACGAUGCCUUCGACGAGAUCAAGAACAAGUUCCUGAAUGAAAUCGACAAGAUCCCACUGCCAUCCUGGGCCAUCAUCGCCAUCGCCGUGGUCGCCGCCGUGCUCAUCCUAACGUGCUGCUUCUGCAUCGUCAAGAAAUGCUGCUGCAAGAAGAAGAAGAACAAGAAGGGCAAGAAGGGAAAGGGUGAUAUGGGAAUGAAGAACCUGAAGGGUGGAGAGGUAUGUUUUAAUUCCAGUGAAGUUGUCGUAGAAGAAGAAAUUGAAGGCGUAGAAGAAAAAAAAUUGAAGGAAAAUGUAUCCUUGCAUUUUUUCAUUCUUAAAUCGUACGUUCCUUCUCCACAGCUGACCGUGGGAAUCCUCCAAGCCGCUGAUCUCCUCUCCAUGGACAGCGGCGGCACCUCUGACCCUUACGUGAAGGUCUUUGUUCUCCCUGAUAAGAAGAAGAAGUUUGACACAAAGGUCCACAAGAAAACUCUCAACCCCGUCUUCAAUGAGACCUUCUCCUUCAAGAUCCCAUUUCAAGAGAUGGGCGGGAAGACUCUGGUGAUGUCCGUCUACGACUUCGAUCGAUUCUCCAAACACGAUGUGAUCGGAGAGAUCAAAAUACCCAUGAACACCCUGGACCUGGCUAAGCCAAUUGAGGAGUGGCGAGACCUCGACAGUGCCGAUCAAGAGGAGCAAGAGAAGCUGGGCGACAUCUGCAUCUCCCUGCGCUACGUUCCCACGGCUGGGAAACUCACCAUCUGUAUCCUGGAGGCCAAGAACCUGAAGAAAAUGGACGUGGGGGGGCUGUCAGAUCCCUACGUGAAAAUCAACCUGCUGCAGAACGGAAAGAGGCUGAAGAAGAAGAAGACGACGGUGAAGAAGAACACGCUCAACCCGUACUACAACGAAUCCUUCAGCUUUGAGAUUCCUCUGGAGCAGAUGCAGAAAAUCCAAGCCGUGAUCACGGUGCUGGAUUAUGACAAGAUUGGCAAGAACGAUGCCAUCGGCAAGAUCUGGGUGGGGAGCAAGUCCACAGGGGCGGGGCUCAAACACUGGUCCGACAUGCUGGCCAACCCCCGCCGUCCCAUCGCCCAGUGGCAUCCACUGCAGCCGGAGGAAGAGGUGGACGCCUCUCUCGCAGCCCUGAAUGCCAAGAAGUAAAGUCCCGCCAGAAUACAUCGUACCCCACGAGCUCCAC